UCGAGACACUCGAGAUAGGCUCAAGAGCGGAGAGUGGCAACAUCGUGGCUGCCGUUUUGAGAGGAAGAAGCGGGCUUUCGCGGCAGCGGGUUCCAGAAUUCAGGAAAUCGUUCACGACGCGGUUGAGCGCACGUCGACCGACCGAUCCCGUUGACACGAUCACGCGACCGUCCCGGCGAUCUCCCCCCCGGUGUACGCCGAUCAACCUUCGCGGAGCCGCGGCACCAUGUCGGACGAGAAGAAGGAAACGAAGACGGAGUCGGAGCACAUAAAUCUGAAGGUGCUGGGCCAGGACAACGCGGUAGUUCAAUUUAAAAUUAAGAAACACACACCUCUACGCAAACUGAUGAACGCGUACUGCGACCGUGUUGGCUUGGCGAUAGCAGCGGUGAGAUUCAGGUUCGACGGACAGCCCAUAAACGAAUUAGAUACACCCACCACACUGGAAAUGGAAGAGGGAGACACAAUAGAGGUGUAUCAACAGCAGACAGGUGGUUUUUCGUGUUGAGACGCAAUGCAAUCGCGUUUACAAGUGGACUAAAUUGAAAUGAAUUCACCGUUCCAGCAGUGUUUAUUUCUAUUUAACAGAAAGCAAGAUUUAAUUAGUUUUUUUUUUAUCUUUGCUCUACUCUCGAUUGACCGGAGACUUCGAUCCACGAUACAUAAUGCGAAUACACGUGCAAAUUUAUUGUGCAUCUAAUUUAAUUUAAUUCGUUUUCAUUGUUUCCUUGUUUUUUAUUCAUUGAUUACGUGUUCACUGUAACAUAUUGUAAGAGAGAAAUAUAUAAUAUGUAUCUAAUAUAUUGUUUACUGUUUGAAGGCGCGCAUUGCGUUGUCGAUUGAAGUCUCCGUUUGCGGAAAGGGCCGUUUACUUGUAAGAUUUUAAUUAACAACACGAUACAUUCGAGUACAAUCAUAUAUACGCCGUUUGGUGUGAAAAAAAUGUUUUUUCGUUACUGCUGAAAAAGGAGACAAGCGAAACACGAGUUAUGCGAAGGAAUCACUUAUCACAUCUUCCUGCGCUGUCAGGUUCCUCUAAAACAAAAAAAUCUCGAGAUUCCCCGAGUGUACAUGGAUUUUUCACGUGAAUUUAAACUUUGCGACGAUUCAGAUUUUUAAUGCAUUCUCAACUUUAGAUAUUCUCUUUCUAUAUUUGUAAAAGGGUGUACAGGUGAAUGAUAUGUAGAUUAGGGUAACAUUUACAUUGAUGCGUGAGUAAGAAGAAAAAAGAAACUCCGCAAGGUUUCCAACUUUUCGCCCGCGAAAACCGAAUUUUGUACCCCUCAUUUUUCUAUAAUUUCAGCAUUAUCUUCACAUUACUUUGUACAUGAGCGAGAAUAAAUUACAUGUUAUCUUUUCUAAGAGAGAAAAAAAAACAACUUUAUCUUCUGAUACGCGGCGGCCUCGCGCCGCCUCGAUCUUCACGAAGGCACGCUGGCGCAGCGUACUUAGCAGAGAGAACACACACCGGUAUAGGAUAAUUCGUAUUUUUCUUUAAGGAUCAUAUAUAUGCAGUAUAUAUUUUUGCCAGGAUUCUAAAUAUCGCUAAUGUAAAGUGUAUCCCGAAUACGAUCCAUUAAUUAUAUUCGCUAACUGUAAGUUUUACAUAAAUGUAAAAUACAUGUAUUUAAAGUG